AAGAACGCGGUCGGAAUUCUCAUUCUUUGAACGUGCCACGAAUUAGUGGGAGUGUAUGUAUGAGCAUACGUGCACUUAUAUAUAUGUGUGUAUAUACAUGCAUAUGUGUGUGUGAAGCUACUGACUGGGCAAUUUACUAAUUUCACAUAUACUUGGAAUGUGUCAUGGUGGAAGCGUGUACAAAAUCAGAAGCCUGUUGAAUCCACAUUCGCAGUGAUUUGUAUUCUGGUGUUACUUAGCAAGUUAGCAGUCGCAAGAAACAGUUCUGAUCUUUCAGCAUGGCAGACCACGAUAAUAAUCGUUCAGAGAGUGGCAGCCAACGUUCUACAAGUGGAAACCCAACGGAACCCCGGAGUCCAGAUGAAACUCCUUUCCAGCAUACUGGUUAUGCAUCAACCAACGAAACCAGUCAAUUUGAAAGUGAUUUAGCGUUGACUGAUUUUGACAGUGAAGUAGGCGGUGAAGACGAUAAGAAUUACGACAUCGAUGGUGUAGACGUAGACCAGACGACUUACAGAGAAACUCGUUCUUUUAUGGAAGAAAUUGAAGAAAUUCCCGUCGAUGGUAGAAUUAGCGGUCAAUAUUCCAACCAAGCUCGCAUGGAGUCUCCAGAAGAGAUAACUUUCCAUGGUAGUGAAUGGAGUAAAGCAACGUCUAAAAUAAUGUCGGAAAAAUCUCCGUCCCCCACUUCUGGAGAUACUUCGGAUACAACAUUUUUAGGAAGUAAUGAAAAGAGAGGUUAUCAAAUGUCUGGUUUAAGUGAAGGGUCAAGCUACAGUGAAAUUGUUAGUGGUUCGGGUGGGUUUGGAAAUGUCGGUGGAUUUGAAAGAAGGGAACUGAAGACUGUCGAAGACAAAGAUGAGGUUACUCAUGAGAAAAGUGACUUGCUGAGCUCUACUGGAAUGUCAGACACUGCCUCUAGUAACAUUGCCGAAGAUAUUGAAGCAACCGCAGAGACAACAACUGCGGUGAGUGAAUCGAUGGGAGAUGAUAGUGUUCUUGAGGAUGUGGAAAGUAACGAAAAGCUGUCGAUUAGUAGUCCCGUUUACAUUGUUGAUGUGGAACAUAUAAAUGUGGAGAGAGAAGAGGAGGAUGAAGAAGAGGAUGAAGAGGAUGAAGAUGAAGAGGAUGGAGAUGCGGAAGAAGAGGAAGAAGAAGAGGAAGAAGAGGAAAUCGAGGAAAGGGAUGAAAGAAGAGUUAGCGAAGAAAAAGAAGUCAGAGGCUUUGCCACCUACACUCAAGUUACUGUGGAAACCAGUUAUGACACAAAAGGGCCACAUAAGACGGAAACUCUGUUAGAUAGCACAGUUUGUGAAACAGAGAUAGUCAGUGAACCAAACAAGUUUUAUGAAUCCCUUUCAAGUGGUAUCACUGAAUACACGGUGAGAAUACUGCCCGGAGGUAUCGUUGAAAAGUCUGUGGAAAGCAGAGAUCAAAUCGUUGAAGAGAGAAUGGAAGAUAUCCCCGAGGAGCAAUAUGAAAAAUUGAGUCCCGAGAGAAAGAGGCAGAAACAAAGUCAGUGCAAACAUCUGGUUAACCUUGAGCAUAGAACCAUGAAGAAGCAUUUGCAGAUACGGACUUUGACGAUCCAUAAGGGAGAAAAUACGGAGACCACCCUAUUCCGUCUGGAGAAAGACUGGAUUCUUCGUUUUGUACUCGGGCCAUCAUUACACGCCGAUGUGGUUAGAAUUUUUACUAACCACCCAGAAAAUGAAAAAGACGCUUUUAAACGAGAUCAGUACCAUGAGCUGCAAUGGGAGAGCCCGUGUAGCACCAAAAGUGAUCGUCAUGACGCUUAUGUGGAUGUUCACAUUGUGCUACCUGGCUCUUUUAAUUAUUACUUCACAAUUGACAGCAGUGACAACAUCCACAAUGCCAAUGGUAAAGGAUAUUUCCUAGUUGAUCCAGUUCUACUUGUGGGAGCUGAUGAAGAAUUAACAAUGAACUGUUUACAAUGUCAGACAGUCUUGGCUAAAUCGUUGGGACCAUUUGCUGAGUGGAAGUCUCGUUUGGAAGUUGCUAAACAAACUGGUUACAACAUGAUUCAUUUCACACCUCUGCAAGAGCUUGGUGUUUCCAAUUCCUCAUAUUCUAUCAGGAAUCAGCUGAAAGUCAAUCCAAUCUUCAGCGAAGGUGUUGAAACAACAUUUGAGGAAAUAGAGAAUUUUACUCGCUGGAUGAAUAAAGAAUGGAAGAUACUUACUGCAAGUGAUCUGGUGUUCAACCACACUUCUAAGUGCAGUGCCUGGCUGCGAGAGCAUCCUGAGUGUGCAUACAACUUGCAUAAUUCUCCCCACUUGAAGCCUGCUUUUAUUGUUGACAGGAUCUUCCAUUAUUUCUCUAUGGAAGUCUGUAAAGGAGAUUGGACGAAUAAAGGUGUUCCUCCUGAAGUUAAUAAUGAACAUCACAUAAAUGCAAUUAAACACAUUUUGCAUACAGAGGUGUUCCCAAAAUAUCGAAUCUAUGAGUUUUUCCUCUGUGAUGUAGAUGAGGCAGUUAACAAAUUCAAACAUCAAGUGAAGGCUGGAAAUACUAAACCUAUCAAAGAUCAUGACCUGGAGAUUAUACCUGAGAAAACAUACCAACGACUGAAAGGAACUGUUGAUCCUGAGGUUGCCAUGGGUGCUUUGAACUUUGACAAGUCUGAUACUGUUAAUUUUGAAAAACGACUGGAGGAAUGCUGUCAAGUAUUGCGAGAGAAACUCAACCAGAAGAACAAGGAAAAACACUCAGAAAUCACUCGGCACAUUGAUGUGGCCAUCAACAAUUUCUUAGCCAAUGUUCGUUACCGCUUCUUGGCAUCUGAUGGACCUAAAAUUCGAAGAGUCACGACCGAUGAUCCUUUGAUGCAUGACUAUUUUGUUGUACCAGCUCAUUUGGAGAGUUGUGUUCACAAUGAAGAAAAGAUGAUUUUCUCUGAGAGUGCUAAGUAUGUAAUGGCAUGCAAUGGAUGGGUGAUGGGUGACAACCCGUUACGUAAUUUUGCUGAAGCUGGCAGCCAGGUCUAUAUACGCCGUGAACUAAUCGCCUGGGGAGACAGUGUUAAGCUGCGCUAUGGUAACCAACCCGAGGAUUGUCCUUACCUCUGGGAUUUCAUGAAGCAGUAUACUGAGAUUUCAGCUCGAUUCGCUGAUGCAUUACGCUUGGACAAUUGCCAUAGCACUCCAAUGCAUGUAGCAGAGUACAUGUUAGAUGCUGCCCGUGCUGUCCGGCCAAACCUUUAUGUUGUUGCAGAACUCUUCACCAGUAGUGAAGCAACAGACAAUCUGUUUAUGAACCAUCUGGGCAUUAAUUCCUUAAUUCGUGAAUCUCUUGUUGCUUGGAAUUCCCAUGAACUUGGUCGUCUUGUUCACCGCUUUGGUGGUCAGCCAGUUGGUUCAUUCAUUCAGCCUCAGAUCCAGCCUCUUGUUAACUCUAUGGCCCAUGCUAUUUUCUUUGACCAGACCCAUGAUAACCCAAGCCCUAUUGAGAAACGCAGUGUCUAUGAUGUUCUCCCAACAGCUGCUUUGAUAUCAAUGGCUUGUUGUGCAUCUGGAAGCAACCGUGGUUAUGAUGAAUUGGUACCACACCAUAUUCAUGUGGUGAAUGAAGGCCGUUUGUAUUCAAACUUUGCUUCACGUAGUGCUGAUACAUCUACAUGUGGUCUGAACUCUGGAAUUAUUCUUGGUAAAAAGGUUUUGAAUCAACUUCAUUAUUUUAUGGCCAUUAAUGGCUACUCUCAGACAUACGUUGACCAAAUUAAUGAAGAUGUUGUGUCUGUCACAAGGCAUAACCCAUCAAAUCAUGAGUCUGUUGUCCUGAUUGCUCGCACUUCAUUCAGUUUUCCAAGCGAUCCAAGUAAUAAAGGCUCUCAUAUUCGCACCAUUCAUUUGCCAGGUGUUGUGGAUGAAAUCAUUUUUGAAAUGAAACUGGUUCACCGCGAAGGCUGUGAGUAUCAUAUGGAUCACGAGUAUAUCAACGGUUUACCUGAUUAUCGACUUAACCUGGUGGAACAUAUUAAAGUCAAUUUCAGUGAAAUGAUCCACAUUUCAAAAUCUGAUAAAAACUGCGUUGAAAUUAAUUUCAAAAACUUCCCACCCAGCAGUGUUAUUGCAAUUAAAAUGUCUCUUCCAGCACAAGCGAAAGAUUGUAUUCUCAAAGUGAGAAGUUAUCUCAAUGAAUUUGGCUAUUUAAUGAGGUCUUACAGUGGACGUUCACUGUUUGAUAAAGAACCCAGUAGCUUCCGAGAGAUUAUUGAACACUUGAACUAUGAUAAUCUUAACCGCGUUAUGUAUCGUGUGGCCCAAGAAGAGGAAAAUGAUGGAUUUGGUAUAAGUUCCUAUGAAAUACCAAAGUACGGUCAUUUGAAUUACUGUGGUCUUCAAGGUGUUUCAGAACUUCUUGACAAGGUUCGUAUCAACAAUGACCUUGGACAUCCUCUAUGUGACAACCUUAGAGAAGGAGACUGGCUCUGUGAUUACAUUGUGAAACGGCUGGCAGUACAUGAUGGCACUAAGUUGCUUGGUGAAUGGUUCGAAAAGGUCUUUGCCCAAUUGAAAAUGAUGCCUCGUUACCUGAUUCCAAGUUAUUUUGAUGCUAUUGUUUCUGGAGCAUUUAUUCUUAUCCAAGAUCAUGCUUUGGAACAAAUGUCACCCUUUAUUCAGCACGGCUCGUCAUUUGUACAAGCACUUUCAUUGUGUUGUAUACAGUUUUGUGGCUUUGUUAAAAAUGCUGAACUUCCACCUCUAGCUGAUGACCUAGAAGCCCCACGUCCCAAUGUAUUGUACAUUGAUGAUAAGGGCAGAAAACAUCAGGAUUGUUUGAGCUUGUGUGCAGGGCUUCCUCACUUUGCAAGUGGAUUUGCCAGAAACUGGGGAAGAGAUACAUUUAUUGCUAUCAGAGGAAAUCUUCUGCUCACAGGGAGAUUCAAAGAUGCUCGAUACAUGAUCUUGGCCUAUGGUGGCUGUUUGCGGCAUGGUCUUAUUCCUAACCUUUUGUUAGAAGGAGAAGGUGCACGGUACAACUGCCGUGAUGCCUACUGGUGGUGGCUACAGUGUAUUCAAGACUAUUGCAAACUUGCUCCCAAUGGCACUAGUCUGCUGAAAGAUAAAGUGGCUCGUCUCUACCCUACUGAUGAUUCUGAAGCCAAGAUUAAAAAACCAGAGAUUCAACUUCUGAGUAAAGUUAUCCAAGAAGGUCUUAGUGUUCAUGCUCAAGGUCUGAAAUUCCGAGAACGAAAUGCUGGUCAUAAAAUUGACAUGCACAUGUCAGAUGAAGGUUUCAACAACAGUAUUGGAAUUGACUGGAAGACUGGUUUCGUUUACGGAGGUAACAUACACAACUGUGGUACAUGGAUGGAUAUGAUGGGAAGUUCUGAGAACGCUGGAACACGUGGCCGACCAGCAACACCAAGGGAUGGUUCUGCUGUGGAGCUGGUAGCUCUCUGUUAUUCAGCUAUAACAUGGUUAAAUCAAAUGCAUAAUGAUGGACAUUAUCGCUACUCCAGUGUUAAAAAACGAGAUGGUAAAGAAAUUACAUUCUCCAACUGGGCUGAUCUGAUUAGAAACAACUUUGAAAAGUUCUUCUGGGUUCACAGAAACCCAAAACCAGAUAUGGAAAACUUCAAAUAUAUUAACCGCAAGGGCAUUUACAAAGAUUCGGUGGGUGCUUCUCAGCCUUGGUGUGAUUUUCAAUUACGCCCCAACUACCCUAUUGCUAUGGUUGUGGCUCCUAAUUUAUUUUCACCUGAGAAAGCAUGGUAUGCACUAACAGUUGCAGAAAAUAUCUUACUGGGACCACUAGGCAUGAAAACUCUGGAUACCAAUGAUUGGAAUUAUGAUGGAGUAUAUGACAACACUAAUGAUUCAAAUGACACUAAAGUGGCCAAGGGCUUUAACUAUCAUAAUGGACCUGAAUGGGUUUGGCCUGUUGGCUUCUUCUUCCGUGCUAAACUGUAUUUCGCCAAUAUCCUUGAUAAGACAGAGCCUGGUACAUUGAAGAAAGCAAUGAACGAAGUGAAAAUCUGUCUUACCAAGCACUACCAACAUUUGCUCAGUUCUCCAUGGAAAUCUUUGCCGGAAUUGACAAAUGAAAACGGUGCAUACUGCCCUCCCAGUUGUCAGGCACAAGCAUGGAGUGUAAGCACAAUUCUGGAAACUCUGUAUGACAUGGAAUAUAUGGUUUGAAUUUGCCCACAUUUCUCGUCAGCACCCAUUCCAUAACCCGUUUUCACUUGGUAUUUUACCAAAUCCUUUCCUCCCCUUCUUGCAAUAAUGUGUGAAAGAAAACAGAGUUUAUACCAUGCUUCACCAUCUUGUAUAAGAUACAGCCACUUAAAGUCAUCUUUCUUCUUGGUUGCUGUCGGAAUAGAUAAACAGCAUCCUUAAAUUUAUGUAGCAACCAGUUUAAUGUUAUGUUUUCUUUAUUUAAUUACAUUGCUAAUUGCAAAGUAUUUUGUUAAUAUUCUUCUGCUUCAAACUCAUAUUUCAUAUUAAAUUAUUUUUGAAAUAAAUAAAUAAAUAAAUUUGGGUGCUUUAUAAGUUAGCAAUGUAGCUAAAAAUUAAGUUUGCAGCAGUAGAUUGGUUACUGCAUAAAUUUAGGGUUGUUGCUUACCCUCUCCUAAUGCAAAACACACACGUACAGAAAUAUAGGACUUGUUCUGUGUGAUGUGAGGAAGUCUUUUAUUUGCAGUUACCUAAAGGCAAAUUUGAACUCUAACCCGGUUUGAUUAUAUAUGUGUGUAUGUGUUUGUUUGUGUAAAUGUAUAUGUAUAUAUUAUGUGUGUAUAUGUAUGCACACUUACCUGUUUUAUCUGCCAAGGCAUACCUAGAUAUAGUUAUUAAUUUUACUUCUAUAACAAAUCAUGAAUUGUAUUCUAAGCCGCUUAGUGCUUUAGCUCUCUCUCUUCUCUCUCAAGGUUAUGUAAACUUCUGUUGUGAUUGUUAAGACACUGUUAAUAUUUCUCUCAGUUUACAUUGCUAGUUUAGAUAUAAUAUAAUAAUAAGCAUAUUGUAUACAGUGCUCAGGUGCACUACAGCAUAGUUGUCGAAUAGAAUACAAAUAUCACACCAAUGAUAGAAAUAGUACAAGUAUGAAAUUUAACAGUACAAUUGUGAUAUAUAUAUAUAUAUACACCAUCAUUCUAGAAGACAUAGAAAUGAACCUCAGUAAUUGAUCCAUUUUUAUUGUUAUCUGUUAACACGUAGUCAUGUACAGUCUCCUUAGUGGUUCUCGCAUCAUUAUUUCAGCAACAAUAGUGAAUUUGUGUUUCAUUAAGGAAGUCUAAUUAGACUGGAACAUGCCUGGAGUUGUUUCCCUUGCUGAAAUUAUAAAAGUAAUUUUACUCAUUGAGUCAAUCUUAUCUUUACAGCAUAAGUAAUUUUGUAAUAAAGUUGUUUUUUUUUAUGCUCCCUGCAUUAAAUACACUAUCUUAACAAUAAUUCUACAGAUUAGUGCAUUGGUUCUGUGAUAUAUAUAUAUAUAUAUUUGUAAAAUGAAUAAGAAUGAUUUUUCUGGUAAUUUUUCUACUUUAAUGAUUAGAUGUUUACUACACUUUGUAAACAUCUGAUCAUUAAAGUAGAAAAAUAAUCAGAAAAGUCAUACUUAUUUAUUUUUUAAAAUAAAUAAUGCACCAAGGAAUUUCUGUUAUAUAUAUAUAUGUAUCUUUAUUGUUGUUAUUAAUCAACUAUGUUUAAGUAAUUGCACCCUCUACUACUUAUAAAGAUUGACAUAAAUAUAAUGGUAUAGCAUUUUUUAUCAAUGGCUAUUAGCAUUGUAUGGCAAUGAAGUUUAUUGUCUUCUGUAAUGGCUUAGCAUUCUUUAACAAGACAUGAUCACCAGAUAGUAUAUUGCCUUCUAUAUAAGUUACAUAGUAAGUUUAGUCAUAGUUAACCACACACAUGUAUACACAUGGUUAUAUUUACAUGUAAACAUCUGUGCAGCCUCACCAACACAUUACUCACCUUUAGUUAUUGUAUUGUUCAUUAUUUAAUGGUCUAGGCAAAAGUCUGUGUAUUUUGUCAAAUGAGUUCAGAAGUGACAAACAGCCCCAAACCAGUCAUGUCUGACCAACUUAGUCUGACAUUAACAGACAAGCUGCUCUCCCAUGUUCUUCUCUGAGAGACUGAGCUUUUAGUGAAGAGUUCGCUUGUCACCAUGGAAACCAACCAUUUCCAUGCUAUGUAUCCAUUUCUUUGCAAUUGCUACAAGCCUGUAAACAACGUUUUCGAUUCUAGAAUGGUGGGGAAAUUCCCCACAUGCUUCGUUGUAAGCUUGGCUUGUGGUCAGUGCUGCUUACCAAUACUAGUUCUCAGCAAAGAUUCUUGUUUUAGAAGUAAAAUGAGUUGCAAUUUUAAACCAAAUCCCCUACACAUAAUCCUUGUCCCUCUGUCUAAAAUAGGGAUCUGUACACACUUCAGUCCCGUAGAUAAUAUGUUUACAGUCCUUUAGGGAAUAAUCUCUUGUUAAAUCUUUUUUACUUUGCUUUCGAACUUUAAUUCCUUAAACAGGAACAAAAACUAUGUAGUAAAAAUCCAAUACAUAAAGUCAAGUAGAAUAAUUUGGACUGUAAAAAUAGAGAAAAUUCCAACUCAUUUUGCCCUUGGGGAAGGGCCAUAGUUUCUUUACUUCUGAACUUCUUUGUUUUCCAACCUUAACAGAAAUAUUAGUUGAAGCCUUGUUAUUGUUGGCUUUCUUGUCACUGUCAGUUGCUGGACCUCAUCUACAACUGGUAAGACAGAAUAAAGUGGAAGAAGGCAAUUAAAUUAGACUUGUUAAUCUCAUACCAGUAUAAUGUUACAGUUAAUAUAUGAAGCAGUGAUACAUAUUAUUUAUACAUGCGCGUGCACACACACACACACACACACACACAUGCACACACAUGCAUACGCACGCACACACACAUACACACACAUGCAUAUGCACACACACACAAGUUUUGAAGCAGGCAUAAAUAAUUUGUUUACACAAAUACUAUUGUACUCUCACUCUAUGUGGUGACACUGGAGUCUCUAACUAAAUGUAACUGAGUGGAAGAAUAAAAGACAUCAGUGUUCAGUGUGUAAGCCAUGAAGCUUGUUAAAUGAUUGACAAUCCAUAGUUUGGUGUCUUAGAAAAGAAAUUACAUCAACAAAAUAUGUUUUAAAUAUUGAGCUUCAGGCAUGGCUGUGGUACCCUUUUCUUAUUUUACUUUUAUAUUCUUUUUGGUGUUAUUGUUGUUGUUGAUGGUGUUGAAGACAUGCCUUAAACUCUGUUUCUUCUUUAUUUUGAUAGAAUUAUCUUACAGUAUUGUUACUUUUCUUUUUUAAUCACACCCUUUACACUGAAAUUGUCUCCCCCUCCUCCUAUUUCCCAUUUCCCAUUUAUAUUUAAUUAAAGGAUUUUUAUUAAUUAAUCAAUUUUUUUUUUUACUGCUGUAUUUUCCAUUUGUACUCUGACUGCUUCUAGAAGAGAAUCCAUUGAUGUAUAUAGAAGUAAUUUUGGCAAGCCAAAGACUGUGAUAGGAUUCUAUAAAUAAAUGAGUUAUCUUAAAACUUA